CCUCUCAAUUUUUGACGACCGAUAAUUCCUAUCGUGGUCCUCACAUAGUCCCAGCGGUGUAAACGGCGUGUUUCCCGUUCCAUAUCUCGGUCUAUCGCCAAACAUCCCCUCCGGCGCCCACCUCGAAAGCUCUUCGACAUCACCCCUUUGUCGCCGUCGCUCCACGUGCUUUGUCAUUCCGACACCAACCUCAACACGACCCUCUCCGCACCGGUCAACAACAAGGCUCCAUCUAGCACCUCCGUUGCACCCGAGGUCGCCUUUAACUACAUCUGUGCCACACGUGUAGCCUCAUCUACCAACAAAGCAUCGGAACGUCGAUUGAGCGCUAGCAAGGGCCCCGGCGCUCGGUGAGAGACUUUUAGUUUUCCCCUCGUUCUUUCUUUCUCGGCUUCGUAAUGGCGGACCAACAAGACGUCGAUUUGGACUCGAUCAUCGACAGACUGCUCGAGGUCCGCGGUAGCAGACCCGGCAAGCAAGUCCAGCUCCUUGAAACCGAGAUCCGCUACCUCUGCACCAGAGCCCGCGAAAUCUUCAUUUCUCAGCCCAUCCUCCUCGAGCUCGAGGCUCCCAUCAAGAUCUGUGGUGAUAUUCACGGCCAAUACUACGACCUUCUGCGCCUGUUCGAGUACGGUGGUUUCCCGCCUGAGGCCAACUACCUCUUCCUUGGAGACUACGUCGACCGUGGCAAGCAGUCACUCGAGACCAUCUGCCUGCUCCUGGCCUACAAGAUCAAGUACCCCGAGAACUUCUUCAUCCUUCGCGGCAACCACGAGUGUGCCUCGAUCAACCGCAUCUACGGUUUCUACGAUGAGUGCAAGAGAAGAUACAACAUCAAGCUGUGGAAGACCUUUACCGACUGCUUCAACUGCCUGCCCAUCGCUGCCAUCAUUGACGAGAAGAUCUUCACCAUGCACGGUGGUUUGAGUCCCGACCUCAACUCGAUGGAGCAGAUCAGACGUGUCAUGCGCCCCACCGAUAUCCCCGACUGCGGUCUCCUUUGCGAUCUUCUGUGGUCCGAUCCCGACAAGGAUAUUACCGGAUGGAGCGAGAACGACCGUGGUGUAUCGUUCACCUUCGGUCCCGACGUCGUAUCGCGUUUCCUGCAGAAACACGACAUGGACCUCAUCUGCCGUGCUCAUCAAGUCGUUGAAGACGGUUACGAGUUCUUCUCGAAACGCCAGCUCGUUACUUUGUUCAGUGCUCCCAACUACUGUGGAGAGUUCGACAAUGCCGGUGCCAUGAUGAGCGUCGACGAGAGCUUGUUGUGCUCUUUCCAGAUUCUCAAGCCAGCAGAGAAGAAGCAGAACAGGUUCGGUCGCAGAUAGUGGAACAUUGACGAGAAAAGGCAUCCUGUCCACUAGCAGCACAUUACAUACAGCGCGGUUAUCUUUGCAUUCACUCUCCUCUAUGCCCCACCGGAUCCUCACCUUUUUAUAUCAUG